AACACGAUACAAGAUAGUCAAAAAGUGUUUACGAGUUCGGUGCAGACCGAAGUUAUUACGCAAGUAAUUAUUAUUGAAAGUAUUCAUCGUUACAAGAAUCAAGAAAAUACAAAAUGCCAGCUGUAGGAAUCGAUCUUGGAACCACCUACUCCUGCGUCGGAGUUUGGCAGCACGGAAACGUGGAAAUCAUCGCCAACGACCAGGGCAACCGUACCACGCCAUCAUACGUCGCCUUCACAGACACAGAGCGACUCAUCGGCGAUGCAGCUAAGAACCAGGUCGCCCUGAAUCCAAACAACACAGUCUUCGACGCUAAGCGACUCAUCGGGAGAAAAUUCGACGAUCCUAAAAUCCAACAAGACAUGAAACACUGGCCCUUCAAAGUGAUCAACGACUGCAGCAAACCCAAAAUUCAGGUCGAGUUCAAGGGUGAAACGAAGCGAUUUGCACCUGAAGAAAUCAGCAGCAUGGUCCUCACAAAAAUGAAGGAGACUGCGGAGGCGUAUUUAGGAACGACAGUGCGCGACGCGGUGAUCACAGUGCCGGCUUAUUUCAAUGACUCACAGAGGCAGGCGACGAAGGAUGCGGGCGCCAUAGCCGGCCUGAACGUCCUACGCAUCAUCAACGAACCAACCGCGGCCGCGCUCGCUUACGGCCUCGACAAGAACUUGAAAGGCGAGAGAAACGUACUCAUCUUUGACCUCGGAGGCGGCACUUUCGACGUCUCCGUUCUUACCAUCGACGAAGGCUCGCUGUUUGAAGUCAAGUCGACGGCCGGCGACACCCAUCUCGGCGGCGAGGACUUCGACAACAGACUGGUCAACCACCUAGCUGAGGAAUUCAAACGCAAAUACAAGAAGGAUUUGAAGACCAAUUCCCGCGCGUUGAGGCGUCUUCGUACUGCUGCGGAGCGCGCAAAACGCACUCUAUCAUCUAGCACUGAAGCCACCAUCGAAAUCGACGCCUUGUAUGAAGGUAUCGACUUCUACACCAGGGUAUCCCGGGCUCGCUUCGAGGAACUCUGCGCAGACCUGUUCCGCGGCACUUUGGAUCCCGUCGAGAAGGCCCUGAAGGACGCCAAGCUAGACAAGAGCCAAAUCCACGACGUCGUCCUAGUCGGCGGUUCGACGCGCAUCCCCAAGGUGCAAAGUUUACUCCAGAACUUCUUCUGCGGCAAGAAAUUGAACCUUUCCAUCAAUCCGGAUGAAGCGGUUGCGUACGGUGCGGCAGUGCAAGCGGCCAUCUUGAGCGGCUCCACCGAUUCUAAGAUCCAAGAUGUGCUAUUGGUGGACGUGGCUCCGCUGUCUCUCGGCAUCGAGACGGCCGGCGGUGUCAUGACUAAAAUCAUCGAACGCAACUCUAAGAUCCCUUGCAAGCAAUCGCAGACAUUCACGACUUAUUCGGACAACCAGCCAGCAGUUACAAUCCAGGUUUACGAGGGUGAGCGAGCGAUGACGAAAGACAACAACUUGCUGGGCACCUUCGACCUGACGGGCAUUCCACCGGCCCCGCGCGGCGUCCCACAGAUCGAGGUCACCUUCGACAUGGACGCUAACGGCAUCCUGAACGUUUCUGCGAAGGAGAACAGCACUGGCCGAAGCAAGAACAUCGUCAUUAAGAAUGACAAGGGUCGUCUGUCGCAAGCGGAGAUCGAGAGGAUGUUGAAUGAGGCAGAAAGAUACAAGGAGGAAGACGAGCGGCAGAGAGAACGGGUGGCCUCUCGUAACCAACUGGAAUCGUAUGUGUUCAGCGUGAAGCAGGCGGUUGACGAAGCCGGGGACAAAUUGAGUGAGGAGGACAAGCAGACGGCGCGCAGUGCCUGCGAGGAUGCUUUGAAAUGGCUGGAUAAUAACACCUUAGCGGAGAAGGACGAGUAUGAACAUCGCUUGAAGGACGUCCAACGCGUGUGCUCUCCAGUCAUGACGAAGAUGCACGGCGGCGGCGCUGGAGGCAUGCCCGGGGGAAUGCCAGGGGGCAUGCCGGGUGGCGAUUACCAAAGGAGCGGACCCACCGUAGAAGAAGUUGAUUAAAUAUUACCUUAAUCCAGUUAGAACCUAUUUUUGUUAUCCAAUCCAGUAUGUAUAAGUUGAGAUUGAUUUGUGAUAUUAAUUUUUAAGACUGAUAAUUUAUUCUGCAGCAGAUGAUCACCUUGUUGGUAAAAUAAAUAUGAU